GCACAGAAACACGGCAUCGUUUGACAGGAGGCUGUUCUUUACUAUCCGAGCUAGCAUGGACGAGCUAACCAGCAUUUCACACCCUCUGCAUUAACUGCGAAGUUAUCGGUCCUGUGCUUUUGCGGCCCCCCUUCCCCUCUCAGGUCAGAGCUGAGGGUUGGGGUCAGCUCCUUGGCUAAUGUCGCACGUUCCCGGUGAAGAGGGGGGGCUAUCUGAGGCUGCCCCAGAAGUCAACAACCAAGACCUGCUAGAUAAUCCUGCUCAGAAAACAGGGAACGCACCUGAGGAUCAGGUGCCGCCUGUGGUGGAUGAGGCCUCUCCUUCUUCCACAUCUUCAUUUGAGCUGCUUGACAUGGAUUCGGCCCCAGCUCCUUAUCAAGAAGUGCAGCCUCACUGGUUCUUCUACAACACAACAUGGCUUCCUUUCAGCAGAGACGACUCCGACAAACUAGAGAACGCCCUCAACACUGUUGGAGAAAAGGAGGGGGAUGAGGUGGUGAUAGCUGUGGAGGGAGAGCGGUAUGACGUACAUGUCAGGGAGAGGAAGCGCUACGCUGUGUACUGGGAGCAGGGUCCCACUGAAGUACGCCGCUGCUCCUGGUUCUACAAAGGAGACAAAGACACCAAGUUCAUGCCUUACCCCGAGGACUUCUGCAAGCGCCUGGAGGAGGCCUAUAUGGUUGCAGUCACCUUGAAUGAAUGGAAGACGAAGCUCGAGUUUCCCUCUGGAGAAACUGUCAUCUUACACAAUCCCAAACUGAUAAUGCAGUAUCAGCCAGUAGGAUUGCAGGAUGAGUGGCAGUCGUCCCCCUCGGAGCAGACCCGGCCUCGCACAGUCAAAAGGGGAGUGGGCAACAUCACUGUAGAAAUACCUGAAGGUGAACCAGAAAAGGUUGACCAUCUGGUCUUUAUGGUCCAUGGCAUCGGCCCGGCAUGUGACCUGCGCUUCAGAUCCAUCAUACAGUGCGUAAAUGACUUCAGGAGUGCUUCCCUGUCCCUCCUGGGCUCUCACUAUAAGCGCGCCCAGCAGGACGGACAGGUAGGGAGGGUGGAGUUCCUCCCAGUGAACUGGCACAGCGCUUUACACGGAGAUGCCACUGGUGUGGACGAGGACAUCCAGAGAAUCACGCUGCCGAGCAUCAGCAGGCUAAGACAUUUCACCAACGACACUCUGCUGGACCUGUUUUUCUAUAACAGCCCCACCUACUGCCAGACCAUCGUGGACACAGUGGCCUCAGAGAUCAACAAGCUCCACACCCUCUUUAAACAGAGACACUCAGGCUUCAAAGGGGCCAUUUCAGUGGUGGGCCAUAGCCUGGGUUCUCUAAUCCUGUUUGACCUGCUAACCAAUCAAAGGAAUGGAUCAAAUGCCAGACAGGGGGUUGUCUCUGGUGAAUCCUUUCAUAUGCACCACGACACGCUGCAGGACACUCUGACCAGACUGGGCCUGCAGCAGUACCUGGACACACUGCAGGCAGAGAACCUAGACCUGGAAUCAUUGGCUCUUUGCCAAGACUGUGAUCUCAAAGAUUUAGGAAUUCCUCUUGGACCUCGGAAGAAGCUCCUGAACUACGUCAGAAAGAAAUGGCUUUCAGAGGAUAGUAAGAACCGUGCUGGACGUCUGCCCCCAGGAAUACAAGUUCAGGCUGAAGCUAGCAGCGAUCAAGAUGGUAACCAAUCUUCAGCAGCGUCUAAGAGGAGGGCUCACUUCCACAGGGCGCAGUCCGUCACCAGUGCUGUAGAGUACGAAUACUUCGACGUCGGCAUUGGACAGGUAUCCAUCAACUACCCACAGCUGGCUUUCCAUCCGCAAACAUUUUUUGCUUUUGGCUCUCCGAUUGGGAUGUUCCUGACUGUGCGUGGGCUGAAACACAUUGAUCCCAACUACAGCUUCCCAACCUGCAAGAGCUUUUACAACAUCUACCACCCGUUUGACCCUGUAGCCUAUCGGAUAGAGCCCAUGAUUGUGACAGAGGUGGAUCUGGAGCCCAUGCUGAUCCCUCACCAUAAAGGCCGCAAGAGAAUGCACCUGGAACUGAAGGACAGCUUGACCCGUAUGAGCAUGGAUUUGAAGAACAAUGUUUUUGGAUCAUUACGGACGGCGUGGCAGUCCUUCGCCAGGAUCCCCGUGGCUGCACUUCCCCCGGUGGACGAAGCAAACACUACAAUAGAGAACGACCUCCAAGAGUCACAGGCCUCAGCGGCAGUCUCUGCUUCUGCUAAGAGGGAAGAGCAAAGGGCUGAUUUUUGGACUAAAGUACUGGAAUGGCCCAGGGCCCUUCAUAAGCAUAACUUACAAGGAACGUGUGAGGAGGCAGAGUCCUCAGAAUCAGCAGAGCAGAGGGAGCAGCCUGAGAUUAAAGUGGGGAUGUUGAACGAAGGAAGAAGGAUCGACUACGUACUUCAAGAAAAACCCAUUGAGAGCUUCAACGAGUACCUGUUUGCUAUCCAGUCUCAUCUGUGUUACUGGGAAUCGGAGGACACUGCUCUCCUGCUGCUAAAGGAGAUCUACGACAAGCUAGGUGUGGCCUUUGAACAGCCACAACAGUAAUAAAGUGUUAUGAAUGUAGACUUGAUUUUAACAUGACAGCUACCUGAAAGGGAGAAAGUGAAGAUGUGCUGCACAAUCCUCUCCCAGAAUGCCUUAUUGUCCGGGUGUCACCAGACUGCCCCGCCCUCCCUGACAAUAGAGACUGUUUAACUGCAGUCAGGCAGGGUGUCAGUCAACCUUCAUUUGAGGUAGCCGGUGCUUCUUGGUGCUGCAGGACUAAUGUCUGAUAGUUGUUUUAAAUCCACCUGAACAUCUCUGUCAUUUUCAUUUCAUUUCAAACCUUUAUUUAACUAGAUUGGUCCCUUGAGAUCAUAGAUCUCUUUUUCAAGGGAGACCUGCAGCAAAUAGGUUCCCCAUGAAACAUAAAACAACAUGAAACAAUAGAGGACAUCAUACAACAUAUUUACAAGCUACAUUUACAUACUUAUCAACAUUUACAAAUACCCAUAGUUUCAAUGAGCAUUUCAUUUACACUUGCUCCUGAUCGCACUUUUCUGUCUACACCAAGUCAUUUUUUUUUUUUACAUACCUUUGCACUUUUAUUUUCCAACAGUUGUUGACAUAUCAUGAGUACAGCUGCAGCUGAAAAGUAAAAUAAUCAUCAUGAUAACCAGAAGAUACACACAGUUGGAAAAACAGAAUAUCAAUGUAUUUGACGACAAAAAAGAUCCUUAAAAAUCACCCGAAUACAGUUUAUGUAUAAAUGAAAUAGAUUUCAACAUUUUAACAUUUCAACAUUUCAAAUGUUUAUUUAUUUCCCAGCCCUAUGUACCUCCUUGAAAAGUCAGGAAUGUAGAACUAUGAAUAUAAUUUAAGUGGCAAUUGACACUUUUUUUGCUUUAACUGAUUAUUAUAAAAUGUAUAUUGAUUGCACCAUGUAGAAUGUAUAGUUUUACUAUCGGCAUUUACAUUGGUUUCCUAUUAGCCUCGUUUUAACUAUGCAAAACUGACUGAUUAGAUCUCCUGGGCAAAUGAAGGCUUGAUUUACAGCAAGACGUUCAAAACAAAAUCCAGUGCGUCCUGUGAAGUAUUGCCCACUCUUUCGGAGUGUAACUUUAAAAAGUCACUGAAAGUUGCCAGAUGACAUCCUACACUCAUUUGCAUAUUGGUCAAAUCAUGUGGAAUAAUUUGCAUGUUUUAGGAGCCGCCUGCACAAAGUGCAAGAGGAGAGUGAGCAAUCGUAUGUUGUUGGCAGAAUAACUGUUGUUAUUAGUAGGCUCUAUAAAGGGAAUCAAAAUCUAGUUGUCUCUUUAUUGAAUAAGUGCAAUCAACCUUUAAAACACAGAACAGCUGCACAAACAAUAAUUCAACUUUUAAACAAUGAGGGGGGAGUUGAAAAGUUAUCUAUUUGCCACUUUAAGUGUUUAAACUUGAACAAGGAAGCUCUCCUUUAGCCUAACAUUCGACCUUACCUUUAUAAAUAAGCAGGUCUGCUGGUUUUAUUUUGAUGACAAUAAAAUUGUUUAGGUUUUGAAGGGAAAUGAAUAUUGAUAAUGUGUCUACUGGCAGCUAUAUUUCCUUUCUGUCAAAAUUAAGGCCCAAUUUAAACCCAAUGUUAUGCCUACAUUAAUUUGUGCAAUAUUACAACAAUGUCGAUGGUACUUAUUUUUCAUUUCACAGACGUGGUCCACAAUUCUACUUCAACUUGUCUUCUAAUAAUAUGUUUACUUGCAAUGUGUAUUUUAUUUUUUCAGUUUAUUUUUGUUUGUUUUUAGUUUAAACCAAUCUAUAUUCUAAAAUAAGGGAUCCUGAUUAAUAUUUGUGUCAGAAAUGAUCAAGGGAUGCAGGGGAAUUAAAAGGACAAGCUUGUGUGUAUGUAUGUUCAGAAAGGCCAGCUCUAUCUCUCUGAGGUCUGUGCCAUUCAUUCCUUCUCUUCUUCCACUUUAAACCCUAAAUGUUUCUUUCUGUGUCUCCCAAUAACAGUGUAUUCUUUAUCCCAAAACAUGGUUAAUUCCAAUACAAAGUGGCAUCUCAGAUAAAUAAUUCUAACUUUUGUAUUAUCUAAGGGCCAAAUGAUACAUGUUUCUUUCAACUGUUCCUUUGUAUGAAGGAAUUGUAAAGUCAUAUUCUGUACUGCAUGCACUUUUCAUAAUGUAACAGAAGGGUUUCUCAACAGUUUCUGAUCCUGACCUUAAUCUAAGGAAUAGAAAUACUUUUCACAAACCCAGCAAUAAAGAGAGUUGUCACUUUUAAUUUGAUUUAAAGAGUAUGUUACAUUGAUUAUGUAGAAAUUAUGUUGCAAUGCAUAUCAAUUUAUGCAAACAAAUAUCAAUGUGUCAGUGUUAUCACAAAUCUGCACCAUCAAGCAACAUGGGGUCCAGACUGCAACGUUGAGAAACAGGGUGUUUUAGUGUUUAAACUUUACAAAACAACCCAUACGAUAUGCACUGUCAGGGCAACACAGCCCAAGCACUAGAGCUCCGCACAAAACAUGAAGAAACCUCACAAGGUUGUUCAUUUUCUUCCAAUAAGUUGCACUGAAUAUGAAUGAUCAUUGAACAUCACCCGUGUCUCUGUCAUGUCCGUUUCAGUAAAACAGGACUUAAAGUUACUAACUCCUCUUCCUUGACAUGAGUACUGUUUUUGCACUUGAUACUUAAAUGUUUAAAUAACCAAAAAACAAAUGUUCUCAUUUCUAAAUACACACCCUAUGAUAACAUGUUGUGUGUGCCAUAAUAAAACUUUACAAGUC